CUGAAGGCCCGCCCUUUCCCCUGGACUUCACAGUGUCCUAUUGCCACAACUUGUAAGACAUACAUACUUUCUCAGAUUGUUUACCUUACUGGGGGCUUUUCGGCUUUCUCUUCUCCCAUGACGCCCCUGGACAAACAUAUGAGCAAUUUGCAUGCCCCGCCCACACACGCGCGAGUUCCCUGCUCCCCGUGUGCGCCCUCUCCCGGUGGAACCCAAACCAGCGCGUAGCAUUCCGCUCCUUCCGCUUGGUUUCCCUGGAAACGCCCAGAACCGGAAAGACGUAAACGGUUCUACCAGCGUUUUCUUUCCCGCGUUUCUUGUGCUUCUUAAAAUGUUUCCGAGCAUACAGCUCCGUUGAAAGAUUUUUACAGCGGCCACCCACCCACCACCUGUCAUCAUCUUACUGUUGUGUAUUGUGUAUACGUACACACACGCAGUUCAUGGGAACGUUGAUAAGUUGAUGGAUGGAGUGAAAGCUCUUACAGGAGGGGAGAUUAAUGUCAGUGAUGUGGAAUAUGUUCUGGAAAACAUGGGGACAGAGCUCACAGAAAAGGAAUGGUUAAAGCUGCUGAAAAAUCUGCCAAUAGAUGCAGAUGGAAAGAUCUAUCAAAAUAGGCUGAUGGAUGGUAUGGCGUCUCUCAGAGCUGAUGGAAAGAUUGUUCUCAAUAAGCUAAUGGAUGGAGUAAAAGCUAUUAUAGGGGAGGACAUUGAUAUCUGUGACACAGAAGAUAUUCUGGAAAACAUGGGGAUAGAAUUUACAGAUGAGGAACUCUUGGAGCUGUUAAAAAAGUUACCGGUUGAUGGAGGGGAAAUUGAUGUCAGUAAACUGGACACAGUUCUGGGAAGCAUGGGGAUGAACCUCACCGAAAAGGAACUUGAAGAUCUGACACAGAGCCUGCCAGUUGAUGUUGAUGGGAAAGUUGAUAGGAAAAAUGUAAUGGAUGACGUGAAAGCUUUCACAGGUGAAAAGAUCGAUAUCAACAACCUGGCAAAUGUGCUGAGUAAUAAGGGAACUGAACUUCCAGACACAGAAUAUACAGAGCUGGUGAAAACACUGCCAGUUAGUGCUCUGAAGUGA